AUGGAGUUCAAGCAUCUGGUGGAAGCGGCCGAGAAGUGGUGCUCGGGGAACCCCUUCGAGCUCAUCUUCGCCGAGGAGGACGACGAGAGGCGGCUGGACUUCUACGCGGAGCCCGGCGUCUCCUUCUACGUGCUGUGCCCGGGCGGAACCGACACUUUCCACGUGUGGAGCGAAAGCGAGGACUGCCUACCAUUCUUACAGCUGGCUCAGGAUUACAUCUCGUCCUGCGGCAAGAAGACCCUGCUGGAGGUGCUGCAGAAGGUCUUCACGUCCUUCAGGCCUCUGCUGGGGCUCCCUGACAUAGAAGACGAGACGUUUGAGCACUACCACACCGAUGUGGAGGGCGAGCCGGGGCCCGACCAUCAGCAGAUGGGGGUCAGUCAGCAGUGA